CACACUAGCAGCAGCAGUAGUGCAACAGCACAGAUGGAGCCGCAAACAGAGCACCCAUAUAACAGAGCAGGGGAACUGAGCACAGAGCACACAUAGGAAACAAACCAUUCGUCUUCCCCAUUCGCCGCUCCUAUUAAACCUCCAUCCCCUCUUCUUGCCGCCUUAAUUGCCUCCUCUCCUCGAUUGCCGCCUCCUCUCCUCUUCUUCAUCUUCCAUGGCGAUCCCACUGCAGCCGAAGAAGCAGGACGACAGCCGCAAGGGCGGCGGCGGCGGGCAGAGCAGCGCCAUGGAAGACGGCGACGGCGACAACCCGUCGGCCAUGGCGGAGCUGCGGGAGCUGUGGCGGAUGGCGUUCCCGAUCACGUCGCUCAACCUCAUCGUCUACCUCCGGGCCAUGGUGUCCGUCCUCUGCCUGGGCCGGCUCGGCCCGCUGGACCUCGCCGGCGGCGCGUUAGCCAUCGGCCUCACCAACAUCACGGGCCACAGCGUGCUCUUCGGGCUGGCCACGGGCCUGGAGCCCGUCUGCGCCCAGGCCUUCGGCUCCAGGAACCACCACCUCCUAACCCUCUCCCUCCAGCAAUCAAUCCUCCUCCUCUCCCUCGCCGCGAUCCCCAUCGCGCUGCUCUGGCUGAACGCCGGCCCGAUCCUCGUCUCCCUCGGCCAGGACCCGGCAAUCGCCGCCGCCGCCGCCUCCUACGCCGCCUGGGCGCUCCCCGACCUGGCCGCCGGCGCCGUCCUCCAGCCCCUCCGCGUCUACCUCCGCUCCCAGGGGGUGACAAAGCCCAUGGCGGCCUGCUCCGCGCUCGCCGUCGCCAUCCACGUCCCGCUGAACCUGCUCCUCGUCUUCGUCCUCGGCGCCGGCGUCCGCGGCGUGGCGGCGGCGCAGGCGCUCACCAACUUCAACAUGGCGGUGUUCCUCGUGGGGUAUGUGAGGUGGGCCGGGCUUUGUGACGGGACAUGGAAGGGCUUCGCGCCGCCGCGGGAAGUGGCCCGUGGGCUCGGCGGGCUGGCCCGGCUCGCUGUGCCCAGCUGUGUCGGGGUUUGUCUUGAGUGGUGGUGGUACGAGGUGGUCACUGUGCUGGCCGGUUACUUGCCGAAUCCGACGGCUGCUGUGGGUGCUGCUGGGGUGCUCAUCCAGACCACCAGCCUCAUGUACACCGUGCCCAUGGCGCUCGCCGCCUGCGUCUCCACCCGGGUGGGCAACGAGCUGGGGGCCGGGAAGCCGCGGCGGGCCCGGACGGCGGCGAUGGUGGCGCUAUGGUGCUCGCUGGGCGUGGGCCUGGCCCACGCGGUGUGGACGGCCUUCUUCAGCGCCCAGUGGGUGUCCCUCUUCACGACGGACCCCUCGGUAGUUGCCCUAGCAUCGGCGGCGAUGCCGGUCUUGGGCCUUUGCGAGCUGGGCAACUGCCCGCAGACCACGGGCUGCGGGGUGCUCCGCGGCACGGCCCGGCCCGCCGUCGGGGCCCGCAUCAACCUCCUCUCCUUCUACCUCGUCGGCACCCCCGUCGCCGUCGCGCUCGCCUUCGGGGGCGGCUCAGCAGGGCGAGCCGGGUUCGGGUUCGGCGGGCUCUGGUACGGGCUCUUGUCGGCCCAGGCGGCCUGCGUGGCGCUGGUGCUACUCGUCGUCGUGUUCCGCACCGACUGGCGCGUCGAGGCGACGCGCGCUAGGAAGCUCACCGGCGCGGAACCGAGUGCCAUGGAGAUGAUGAUCGCGACGGCCACCAACGGCGUCGAGGAGGAGAAGAAGUGCUUGACGGUGGUGGCCGGCAACGGCCGGGAGGUCGACGUCGACGUGUAGCCAUCGAUAGGGAGCCUUGGGUUCCUUUCAUUUGGCACCAAAAGCGAAAUACCCCACUCGCGCGGCGCAUCGAGUUACCGAUCUGGCCUUGGCUUUAUUUGAACGAUCUAUCGACAUCUCUUGUAGCUAGCUUAGUCAUGCAAGCCCAAGUGUUUCUCUAAUUUGUCUUUUUCUUGGAAACAUAUUAAUGUAGCCUCCAGCUAAGAGCUAGCUCUAGCAUAUAUUGGAGUUUGUAGUAGCUAGCUACCAGUAGUUAGUUAUUGUGGCGAGUAGCAUGUUGAAUUGCAAGUUGGUUCCAGCACUACAACGCUAGCGCACUACUAGUAGCUUGUUGCGUCCAAGUGGUUGGUGUUUGGAAAGGAAAAAUGUUGCUUUUCCGUUUCUGUAUUAUUAUUGCUUUGCCUCAUUGUCCUCUUUAAACUAUACUUUUUGGGGGGA